UAUGGAUCCAAUUCUGUCCCACCGAAAACCAGAUCGCUCCCUAUAGCCUUACUCCGUUAACCGGAUAUUAGAUAUCUUUAAUAAUCCAGAUGUUGCAAUUACUAUAGCCAUAAGCCACCAGCCAUAUCUCUAACUCGCCGAACACAGAUCUGACACUCGGUCGAGAAUUCAUGCCUCCCUGAUCAUCUCCCACUUUCAGGCUUCUGAGCCAACAGAAGCUUCCCAUUCCCUCCUUUGAUUAUAUCUUACUUCCUUAUUAACCCCUCUUUCGCUCUUCUUGGCGUUGAUUGAUCCUAGCCGAACGAGAAAAGAUGUCUGGAGAUCACUACCAGGCCGAAGUCGCGAUUGAGGAUGGAGAAGACGAUGCGGCGCAGCAGGCGACCGGAAGACCGCGAACCAUGACAAGCACGGCCGAGAUCGAUAGCACUAUCACACAUCCCGGUUCUGUUCGUAUAAAUGUCAAAGGCGCAUUCAUCGUCGACACUCCCGAGCAACCUGGCACUCCGGCAAAUCCAUCCGGGUCAAGUGGGAAUGGCUACCAUGAGACAAAGGAUAUUCGUCUCCCUAAUCAUACAGCUGUCAUCAGUCAUAUCGCCGUUGAUAUCGGUGGAUCCCUAGCGAAACUGGUGUAUUUUUCCCGCGAGGCGCAUUCGACCGACCCAGGUGGGCGACUCAAUUUUCAAUCUUUCGAGACGGAUCGCAUCGACGAUUGUAUAGAGUUUAUGCGACACCUCAAGGACAAGCAAUUGGCUCUCAAUGGCUCCAAGCCGGGCGAGCUGUGCGUGAUGGCGACUGGGGGCGGCGCUUACAAGUAUUACGACAGAAUACGACAACGGCUCGAUGUUGACGUCCUAAGAGAAGAUGAAAUGGAGUGUUUGAUUAUUGGCCUUGAUUUCUUCAUCACCGAGAUACCCCGCGAAGUCUUCACUUACUCCGAAACGGAUCCUAUGCACUUUGCUUCGCCUAAUGCUAAUAUAUACCCCUAUAUGCUUGUUAAUAUAGGAUCUGGUGUUAGUAUCCUUAAAGUGUCUGGGCCGCGGACAUAUGAACGUGUGGGUGGUACCUCUCUCGGAGGGGGCACGCUCUGGGGUAUCCUUUCGCUUCUCACACCCGCCGAAUCGUUCGACGAGAUGUUAGAUAUGGCCGCGCAUGGCGACAAUGCCAAGGUCGACAUGUUGGUUGGCGAUAUUUACGGCACUGAUUAUGGUAAAAUUGGUCUAAAGAGCACGACGAUCGCUAGUUCCUUCGGUAAGGUUUUCCGCAUGAAACGGGAAGCGGAGAACGAAGCCGAAGAUACGGGUGGACUUUCCAAUGGGGAUGACCAAAAUCGAAGGCAAGAGAAGCAGAAUUCAGACCAAACUUCCUCGACUUCCUCGCAACCGCAGCAAUCGCAACCUCGUCCUACGUCCUCUAGAGCUAGUGAAUUAGCGCGAUCGCGCUUCUCCAGCGCCGAUAUCUCGCGGUCUUUAUUAUACGCCAUCAGUAACAAUAUCGGCCAGAUUUCCUACCUACAGUCGCAAGUACACGGGCUUUCCCGUAUCUACUUUGGUGGGUCCUUCAUUCGCGGGCACCCCCAGACCAUGAACACUCUAAGCUACGCUAUCAAGUUCUGGAGUAAGGGCGAGAAGCAAGCCUACUUCCUACGUCACGAAGGUUACCUAGGUUCCGUAGGCGCAUUCCUUAAGCACCAACCUCGGAACUGGGGUCGCAGAGGUAGUUUUGAGGCAACCCGGUAAUCCGAGGAAAGUUCAAAGAAGGAGAGUGGUGAAUGAUUCCUCAUGAUAUCCUAUGAUAGGAGUUUCAACAAUUCAUGAUGGUGAUAAUGCUAAUCACAGGUCGUGGGAAGAGGAAGGGAAGAGGAGACUUGAGUGGACAAUAAAACGUCGCCAAGCCCGAACGAUAUGUGAUGCUGAAGAAAUACCAGCAUCUCCACAUCGUUCUAUACCUAACUACCUGCUCCUCGCUCAUUACCUACCUACUCACCUACCUAGGUAUGUCUCGCCAUACUUGCGUCGAGACGUCACUUGUAUGAUGAGAUAGCAUUAUUUUAUGUAUCGAAUUGCCGAAUAAGAUAUGCAUCGCGGGCAUGGUUUAGACGCGGAAAAUACAGGAUACUCAAUAGAUUAACUUAUAUUUUAUUCGACGCCCUGAAAUCGUGCGUGAUGCUCCACAUCAACAAGUGCAUUACACGCUUUUACCAUAAGAACUAGAUAGAACAAAAGUGGUCGAAUAAACAAAAAUCUGCGUAGAAUAAUAUUUCAUACCCCGCCACUAAGAAGUUUAUAAUAAAUCAUAUAUCACAUUCUCGCAAGGGACAAACUAAAAUUCGAUAGACAAAAUAAGAACGAAAAGCAACCCAUACAGACAAUGUCUUAAAUAUGAGAAAAAGCAAAAAUAGGAUGAUCGAACCCAGGCUCGAACUGGGGACCUUCAGUGUGUUAGACUGACGUGAUAACCAACUACACCA